AUGGCGAAUAAUGGCAGUCAACCGGUGAAGGUGCCAUUUAACAUGACCAUCUUCUCUUUGCCAUUUACCUGUGAAUAUAUGGGCGCCUCCGUGAGGUCUAAAGGUCUGUUCAGGACAGAUAACCCUUUGAAAUAUCCUCUGCCGCUUCUUAUGCUGCAGCUUGGCACUGUCAUUAUCAUCUCAACAACCUUCCAAAGGCUCCUGAGGCCUCUCAAACAACCUAGAUUUGUCUCAGACAUGCUGACUGGAAUACUCCUAGGCCCCUCGAUUCUCCAAUUAUUCACCGAUGGAAACUUCUACGCAAGCUUGUUCUGGGGAAAACAGACGAUAAUUAUCGAUGUCCUCGAACUUCUGAGCCUAAUGUACUUGACAUUCUUGGUUGGAGUCCGAACCGACCUAGGCGUGAUCAAGACAUCAGGAAGAAUGGCAUGGGUGGUCGGCAUCACUGCAUUCUUGCUUCCCGUUGCGUUGGCCGUCCCCAUAGCCCAUGCCUUGGGCAAAACAAACGUCAACCUCGCCACCAACCUCGACACCAUCUCCAUUCUUUCGGCAACCACUUCCUUUCAAGUCACUUCCGUCCUAUUGGAAGAUCUAAAGCUCCUGAAUUCAGAAAUAGGUCGCCUCGCCCUCUCCUCCUCCCUGAUCAGCAAUUUGUGCGGCGUUUUACUCAAAGUCAUAAGCGCCACGUAUACCAGGAUCAAGCAUUUGAACAGUACGAUGAGCGAGGUUUUAAAAAUGGAGCUUUCCAGGAUUGGCAUGAUUCUGGUGAUCGUGUUCUUGUUUCGUCCGAUAAUGUUUCGGAUGAUGAAGAGAAUCCCAGAAGGAAGCACCAUAAGAGAAUCACAUCUAAUUGUGAUGACCAUGUUGCUAUUCGGAACUUCAUUCGCGUCGGAAUUCAUAGGGUUGCAAGCCUACUUCGGAGCGAUGGUAUUAGGAUUCGCCGUGCCAGCCGGUCCUCCUCUGGGUUCCGGUUUAGCAGAUAAACUUAAUCUCUUUGUCAACGCAUUGCUCAUGCCAUCUUACAUCAUCGACGCAUGUCGCCAUGUGAAUGUUGGUCUUAUAAAGGCUAAACAUCUCGGCCCCGUUGAGGUGAUAAUAGUCCUCGCCUACGCAGGGAAACUUUUCGGGUCUGUUGUGCCUUCGCGAUUCUUCAGGAUGCCAUACAAGGAUUCUAUUGCUCUUGGCCUCAUUUUGUGCUCGCAAGGAUUUUUCGAUGUUCUGCUCUUCAAACGUGCAUUGCGAUUCUCGCUGCUCAAUGAAGAACUCUACUCAAUUCUCACAAUUAUGGCAGUAGUUCAUGCCGCCAUUGCCACUCCUUUAAUCAGCUACCUCUACGAUCCUUCGAAAAGGUACGUAAACUACAGAAGGAGAACCGUACAACACCUGAGGCGCGACAAUGAGCUUCGGAUUCUCAUAUGCGUACAUGAAGAGGAGUCGACUUUCGGCUUGCUGAAUCUCCUGAAAGCCACUUUUCCCACCAGAGAGAGCCCCUUGGGAACUUACGUUCUAGACCUUUUGAAGCUCGAAGGUCGUGAGCACCCACUGCUUAUCAACCACCAAUUCCACAACCGCUCCUCCUCUAACGCCACCAGAACUGCCCGCAUCAUAUCCACCUUUCGACAUUACCAGAUUCACCAUGAGGGGAUGGUGAAAAAUCAGUACUACACCACGAUAACGCCUUAUGAUUCCAUGCAUGGUGACAUUUGUACGCUCGCCCUUCAAAAGAGUACUUCCCUUAUAAUCGUGCCUUUCGAAAAAUCAGAGAGUAACCCGGUGAGGGGAGUAAAGAGGAAACUCCUCGAUAAAGCUCCCUGCUCAGUCGGAAUCCUCGUGGACAAGAAAAUCUUGACUUAUUUUCGAAUCGAAAACGAGUCCAAAUACCAUGUGUGUGUGGUAUUCACUGGAGGACCGGACUCUCGGGAGGCUCUGGCAUAUGGGGCUCGCAUGGUUGAGAACCGUAACGCUAGGCUUACGGUCAUUCGCUUGAUAGCCGAGGACGAAUUCGUCACUGAUUUAAUCGAAGCCAAGCUCGACAUGAAAGCGAUCGCGGACUUGAGUGGUGUUAGCGGAUACAGUGAUCGGGUUGACUUUCGGGAAAUAAACGUGAGAGAUGGGGCUGAGACGUCGAGGGUACUCAUGUCGCUGGACGAUAACAUCGAUUUCAUACUGGUGGGGAGGAGAGUGGACGAGGAGUCCCCGUUGGUUUCGGGACUCGUCGAAUGGGCUAACGAUUUUCAGGAAUUGGGAAUCCUCGGGGACAUUCUUGCGUCUUCCGAUAUGAAGAGCAACGCCUCUGUGCUGGUUUUGCAACAGCAAUUCACAGUUGAGGAUUUGAUGCCUCAGUUGAAGUUGAGAUAGAAAAGGGGGAGAGAAGGGUUCGUCAGUUGGCCCAGAGGCGUGAGUUAUUGGAAUUUGUGACGGUCACAUAUAUAUAAGCGAGCAUUGUGAUUUUGUUAGAUUCCUAAACUCUCAGACCGGUGAAAGAGAAAAUUUGGGUUGGUUUUUUUCUUCUUCCAAAUUAUUGGGUACGUACUAGAUUAUGAUUAUUGACUAUGAUUGUAGAUUCUGAGAUUAUGUAAAACUCAUAAUCAAAAUUUGUGAAAGUGUUUGGU